AUGAGUUACAGAAAGUCUUGUUCAAGUGCUCAGAAAACCACUCGCAAACGUCCAUCUCGAUCCAAUAAGCAUUCUUCAUUACAGUCAUCUGAUGUUAGUCAAGACCAUAGAGAAAGUGAGAGGAAAUGGAGACUGGAAAACAUGCAGUUACAAAUGGCUCAAAAGCCCAAACAGUCAGAAACCGCAUCGGAUCAUCCAACUGCAUCUGCGUCUGCGUCUGCAUCCACUUCAACUAUUCCUGGAUAUUACUAUGAUACAGAUAGGAACCGAUAUUUCAAAAUAACUCAAGAUAAACAUGCCACCACAUCACAUGUUCAAAAAUAUUCUCAUGGUGCAUUGGCUUCAAUGUCUUUGGAACAAAAACAAGAUGCUGCUUGUUUGAAUCUUGAAUUGAGACGAAAAACCAAGAUGAAUCCCAAUCGACGAGUUUCUAGUAUGUGUUACAAUUCUAUGCCACUUGCCAUGUUGGAUCGGGAAAUAUCAAAAAAAAUGUCCAGCAGCAAUAUUUAUGAAUGUAUGUACUCUCAUCUACAUCGUAAUGGUUCUAUCUUGACACAAGCUAUACACGGUGAAAUGUAUGAGCAAGAACCGAAAAUCACUGGGUUCAGUAUAGAUCAAACUAAACAGUGGGCUGUGACUACAUUCGACAACCGCAAUAUGUAUAUAUUUCACUUGAAUCACAUUACACGAUCAUCACCGUUAAAAUCUGCAUGCGUACAAUCUAAAUUACUCGCUAGUCUAAGUAGCAAUUCCACUUCAUUAAUUUCAGGAUCGGUAUUGGACAGGCAAUUUGUGGGGCAAGUUUAUUUUGUUGACAUAGUCACCACACGUGGUAAUGCAUUAGACUCGGAUGAGCUGCACAUCUUUAUCGCGCAUUCAGAACAGCAUCAACCGAUUGCAUAUAGGGGUGACAACCUGUUGAAUAUAAACUGCAAGUCUCGGUUCAUUUUAAACUAUGAUGGUGUAUACAUUGCAUGGUUAAAAUGGCGGUAUAAACUUGACAAUCCAGUGUCUGUCAAAUGUAGCACUGUUGAUACACGUUUCAAUCAUUUAAUCGCUCUAGGCGCAAGUCAUGGAAACACUUUGAUUUUUCCAAGUUGGAUGCAUGGCAAUUUGACACCACAGGUUUACACUGGCAGCUCAUCAUCCGAUAUCAUGUCGGUUUGUUUUGAUGUGCAUACGCCAUUGCUUCUUUAUACAGGAACACGAAGCGGUUUGAUACGAGCACACGAUAUACGACAAUCUAGAACGAAAUCGCCAUUAUUUACCAUGUCAUCCAAAGUCACUGGACAUCCAUCAUGUAUGACUAGUUUGGUGUCACUGAAUUCAGUGUAUGGAGAUACAGAUGAAGUGGAAGAAGGGUAUGCUAGACCCCAUCAACUUAUAUCCACCUCGUUGAAUGGCCAGAUUUAUUUAUGGGAUAUUCGUACACCCACAAUCCCUUUGAUUGAUUUUCAGGCACCUUUAGAACAUCAUGGCGCAUUUGGAUGGAAUGGUUCCAGUACCUAUGCACAUAGUGCACAUGGGAGUGUUGUAAUGGCGGUGACGGAUAAUGGCGACUGGCUACGAACGUGGAGUUUACGCAAUGGGCUGUUGAUGGGAUCUUGGCGCAUCAGUACUGGGUCUAACCCGUUGUCAUCCAUUCAGCUUGACAGUGAAUAUGGUGUUUGGAUCUGCAAUGGCUCAUCCAUUCAUCAUUGGGAGUCUUUGUAUUAG